GGGAGAUUGAAAUUUUGGUUGAUGAUCUUGCUACGAUUAAUUGCCCUGUCCCUCCUCGCGAAGUGCUCAAAACUACUAUUAUGGGCUUGAGACCUGAGUAUGAGUCCUUGUUCACCACUGUCUCCCUUUUUCCUCAAAAUUUUCCUUUUGAGACCCUACACAAUCAUCUUUUUGAACUAGAGCAGCGGGUUCUCUAUCUUCGCUCCCAGGAGUCGUCAUCCGUGCACCAGGCCUCCAGAGCUAUUACGGCAGGGUCCCAUCCGGCGGGACAGCAGCAUCAGCAGCAUCCGCAGGGGCCUCACCAAUCGGGAACACAGCAGCAGCAUCCACACGGCCAACCGCAACGCGGCCGCGGUCGCGGUCGUGGCAGGGGAUGCGGUGGCUGAGGGCGCGGAAGAGGACAUCAGGGGGUCAAAAUGGGCAGCCCAUAUAUUGGUAUCCGCAGCAGGGGCAGCCGGGCUAUGCUCCGGCAGGGGGUGCUCCUUCAUUUCCAGCCGGGUCUGCUCCACAUGCAGGGGGUGUGCCAACUACGGGUACUGUUGUUUGUAAUUCGGCUUUGUCACAUUUAAAUAUUAAUGCAUUACAUGUUGGUGUUACUAAUUCUAGUUUUGCAGGCUUGCCAUCAGACGGGGGUAUUCUUGGUUCUGUUCCCCAUCCCGUUGUAUGCCAAAUUUGCUUUUCUGCAGGUCACUCUGCUGUUACUUGUCCCUCUCGCUUCACCCAACCAUCUAGUCCUGCUCUGUUUACUAGUCCUGGAGAGUCUAAUUCCGCUUUAUGGUAUCCUGAUUCAGGAGCCUCGGCUCACAUGACUGCACCAGAAGCCUCGGGGGCAAUUCUUCUGCAAGCUUCCAGUAGUGGGCCACUCUAUCCUCUGCGUCUUCCAUCAUCUCCAUCCGUAGUUUUAGCUUCCGUUUUAGCUUCUGGCCCUGUAUGGCACCGUAGAUUAGG